GAGUCACUUAAAAUGUCAAAGAAAUUGUAAAAACAUGGAAAGAUUGGGGAUAUGGUAAAUUGUGAGUGAUGUCCUUACUACUGCAUCGCCGGCUCCGCGGCCGCUGACGCAUGGCGAAGACUGUCAACUUCAAUGCCAACUGUAACCUGAGGGACUCGUACUUGGAGGACGCUGCCAAAUGGUUGAGCUGCAAUGGCGAGGUGUGGGGCGUGGGGCCCACGGCCCUGUUUGCGGCCGCGGCCGCGCUUUUCUUGCACCACGAACUGCAGGCGUCGCUGUUUGGCCCUGGGGAUCACCCGACUGUGACAAUGCUGGAGCACAUUCUCAUGACCGCCAUGGUGGUGGGAACGCUGGCGCUGAUGGUGCACAUCUGGGUGUGUCUGAUGCGGUUCUUCCAGUACUACCUCGACACCCUCAUUAGAGAUAGCCCGAACGUCCUACUGGAGAUGACGACCGCGGGCCUGCUGGGGUCCUCGCAGCCGGAGCUGGCAGCGCUCGGCCCGCUGACCCGGUUCCUUCGGCAGCAGCAGCCUCAGAUCCACAUCACGCUCUGCUGGCUGCUGGCGCUGUGCUACGCCGACUACAUCAGGAAGCAUUACUGCACAAGAUUCAAUAUGCCGUAUUUGGAACAGUGGCAAGGAGGACUGCACGCGAUGGCGGGACGGCGCGCUCGCGACGCUCUGUCGGCAGCGCACAGUUUCGCAGCGGGAGUGCGCUUGCGGAUCCGGGGCCUUGCACCGCCGCCGCCGACUAACGAGGCCCAUACUGUCACGUCACACAAGGGCUCGCGGACUGCCUUCAGCAGAUGCGGCAGCUCGGCGCGGGGAGGCCGCUGCCGAGCCAGCGAGGCCGGGGUCUGUAUGCACAACGAACCUACAGCCAUCGACACCGCAGACUUGCAGAAGCUUAGAGCGUAUAUCAAGGCGACGCGGUGCGCAUGCGGCGGCGGGGCAUGCAGCACACGAACAUGUUCAGUCACACCGAUACCCACGCCACCUUCACCCGCGUCUGAAGUUCAGCCGGUCAGUCGGUCGUGUGGUGUACGAUCCAACACUACAGUGUCCUUCGCACAAUCUCUCGAGCGGAGACGAAGCAGCAUAUGGUAACAAGGUCACCAGGUGGCGGUAGCAGCACACGAACAUGUUCGACCACGCCGG